AUGACGUACCUUCUUUUAAUAACCACGUCCUGCUACGCACGUUCGUUCAUUCAUUCAUUCAGCGCCAGAGGAGCACACCACAGCCGGUAGUUUCUGUCUUUCUAUCGGAGGAUUUCAUGGUUCACCUCGGUAUCUUCGUGCUGUGCUUCACGUUUACUCUCUGGACGGACUUAGUGCCUUUUGGCACGGCAGCACAGACGGGGGUUAAAGUUCAGGUGAUCGGGUCCCGUCGGCCAAUCGUCGUCGCCCUGGGCGACGACGUCGUCCUGCCGUGCCAGUUGGACCCCAGAGAGGACGUGCAGGACAAGACGGUGGAGUGGUCCAAGCCGGACCUGAAGCCGGACCCGUCGGACCGGCUGAGCCGCGUUGCGUACGUGCACCUCUACCGGGACAAGCGGGAGGUCCCGGACAUGAAGAUCCCGUCCUACGCCGAGAGGACGGCGCUGUUCACGGACGCCCUGAGGGACGGGAACAUCUCGCUGAAGAUCGUCAACGCCACGCUCGGGGACACGGGGCCGUACCGCUGCUACGUCCCCAAGUUAGACUGCAGCUCGGUCGUCCAGCUCGUUGUGGAGCCCCGCUCUGUUAAAACCUCGACGGCCGAGACGCCGCUGCAUCCCAAAAUACUCGAGACUCCAGCUCCCAACAAUGAGACGAGGGUCAAAGGUGUCCGUCAUCUUCUACCUCAGCGUCCCCACCCUCGGGCUGUAUGUUUGCGUCCUCGUCCUCCUGGGGUCGGGUCGGGGUCGGGGGACUAUUACCCCGAUUAAAGUGUCAAAAACAACCCGUGGGUGUGGAGGACUUGGCCGUUUAAGGGAAAUCACCGGCACCGCCUUCCCUCCUCGGUCCAGACCUCCAACGUCUGGAGACAACAGCCGCGGUGGUCCACCACACGAUGGACGAAAAGGACAACAAGCUUGUCUCUGUGUGUCCUCCGCCUGGAGGGGACAAAUGGGAGAGAAAUACAACAUCACAACUCA